GUAAUCUUGAAUGGGGAGAAUGGAUAGGAUCCCUGAAUUAUGGAGGUACCGUUUCCACCGACACAAAUGAGUAUAGGAUUAGGGUUUAGACCUUCAAAACACCUUUCUCCUUUUGGGUUUCGUUUCUCUCCCUUUCACUUCCACCUUCAACCUUCAUCUCUUCCUGACAUUCCGGGUUUCACAGGUAGAAGAAGAAAAGCCAACAACUUGACAUUGCGAGCUCAGAAAGUUGAUUCCAAGAGUGAGAAACAUCUGAAUUUGGUAUCUAUGGAGUCAAGUAUCUUAAGUAAGACUCUGUAUCCAGAUAUAGAACCAUAUAGUACUGGAGUUUUGAAAGUCUCUGAUGUUCAUACCAUCUAUUGGGAACAGUCUGGGAAUCCAGAUGGUCAUCCAGUUGUUUUCCUGCAUGGUGGUCCAGGGGGUGGAACAUCACCAAAGAACCGAAAAUUCUUUGAUCCUGACUUUUAUAGGAUCGUUCUCUUCGAUCAGCGAGGAUCAGGUAAGAGUACACCACAUGCUUGCUUGGUAGAGAAUACGACUUGGGAUCUUGUUGAAGAUAUAGAAAAGCUAAGAGAACACUUGGAUAUUCCAUCAUGGCAGGUUUUUGGUGGGUCAUGGGGGAGCACACUUGCACUUGCAUACAGCCAAACACACCCUGAUAAGGUGACAGGAAUAGUUCUUAGAGGAAUAUUUCUGUUACGAAAGAAAGAACUUGAUUGGUUUUAUGAGGGUGGAGCUGCUGCUAUAUUUCCUGAUGCUUGGGAGCCCUUUAGAGACCACAUCCCAGAAAAUGAAAGGGGGAGUUUCAUUAAUGCCUACUGGAAAAGAUUAAACUCUGAUAACAAGGAAACACAAUAUGGAGCUGCCAGAGAAUGGACAAAGUGGGAGAUGAUGACUGCUCAUCUCCUUCCCAAUGAAGAGACUAUUAAGAGAGGAGAUGAUGAUGAAUUUUCCCUGGCAUUUGCAAGAAUUGAAAACCAUUACUUUGUGAACAAGGGAUUCUUUCCUUGUGAGUCACAUCUGCUGGACAAUAUUGAUAAGAUAAGACAUAUUCAUACAAUAAUUGUACAGGGAAGGUACGAUGUGUGUUGUCCCAUGAUGUCAGCAUGGGAUCUUCACAAGGCUUGGCCAGAGUCUGAACUUAGGGUUGUUCCAGAUGCUGGACAUUCGGCUAACGAACCAGGAGUAUCUGCAGAACUUGUGGCUGCGAAUGAGAAGCUGAAAAGCAUCAUAAAGGGAAUUGCAUUCUAAGGUGAAGUUGUUUUCUAGUCGUUGGCAAAUCUUUUUAUGGUCUUGUUCUAAAAGAGUGAACAUGGAAUAAAAUAGUGAUAUUCUGAUGGUUUGUUUGUUCAUUCAUAAAAUUGAAAUAUUCAAAAUGGGCUUACAAAUAAUCAUGAAUUUGUGAACCAUAAGUUAUUGUUAAUGAGCCUAUUUGAAAACUGUUACUUUGAUUUA